UCUAGAUUUCCUUUUCGGUCAUGUACAUGUGCACUUAAACUGCUGCCAGGAAGCCUGUAACUGUCAACUGUCCGAAAUAUCGUGUUGGUUUGAAUACUCCCGACAGUCUUGUUGAUGUAGCGCGUGAGUGGUUGGCUGGCUUUUCGCAGGUGAGGAUGAAGGAGAUGGAGGUUGCUUGACGAUGCCGUGAUUCAACAGGUAGUGAUGGGUGGUUCUGUCUACGCUGGGGCAAAUGGGGGCGCGGGUUUCGCUUUUUUUCCUUAUCUUGUUGGUUCCACAUUAUUUAUAGGAUCCCAUGGGCAACCCUAUGUCGACGAAAGUACGUCGAUGACCGCCGAGAAGCAAGAUUCAGGAGGUUCUAGAGAUGUUUUCGCUGAAGAUGGCGCUCAUCAGAUUCAGUACAAGACCCUCAGCUGGCAGGCUGUCAGCCUCCUCAUGAUAGCCGAAAUCGUCAGCAAUGGUAUCCUGUCUCUCCCAAGCUCACUAGCAGUCGUUGGCAUUGUUCCUGCGGUCAUUCUAAUCGUUUUUCUCGGUAUUUUUGGCCUGUACACUGCCAAGUUGCUCAUCGACUUCAAGCUAAAUCAUCCUAACGUGCAUACUAUGGGUGAUGCUGGAUACAUCAUGUUCGGACCCGUGGCUCGGGAGGUACUUGCCUUUGGAACUGUUGCUUUCGCUUUGUCCGGUUCUGGCUCUGGACUACUUUCCAGCCAGCAGGCACUGUCAACGCUUUCGAAUCAGGGCAUGUGCAGCAUGUAUCUGGUCAUUAUCACUGGCGCUAUCGCUCUCUUGAUUUCACUACCACGGACGCUGGAUCGCUUGGCAUGGAUGGGUCUUCUUAGUGCAGCAGUCAUUACCGUAGCUGGUUUCAUUGCAAUGAUUGGAGCAGGGGUGGACCCAGUUCCCGGACGGUCUCUGACAAUAACUGCCUCCAGUAACUUUUUCGAAGCUUUCUUGGCUGUUACAAAUCCUGUUUUUGCAUAUUCAGGACACUUCAUGUUUUUUAUUCUAAUAUCUGAGAUGCGUAGACCUGAGGACGCGAUGAAGGCAGCAUGGUGCCUACAGGGCUUCGCUACAGUAUUUUACGCUGUUUUCAGCGUAGUCAUGUAUGUCUAUAUUGGAAACACGGUCCAGUCCCCGGUCCUCUUUUCUCUUUCUCCGGCAUGGGCAAAGGCAGCAUUUGGCAUUGCUCUUCCAAAUUUCCUGUUCUCUUCCGGGCUGUACGUUCACACAGCUACAAAGCUGGUGUUUGUUCGCAUAUUUCGUCAUUCAGAGCACGUCCAUUCGCAUACUUUACUCGGAUGGACGGUUUGGACUCUGCUGUGUUUUUCAGGCGUAGCUAUCGCUGCAAUUCUCGCCAUCGCAGUUCCGAUAUUUUCCUACCUAAUCGGCAUCGCAGCGGCCCUCUUUGCCGCGUGGUACACGUACGGUUUGGCUGGAUUCUUUUGGUUGCAUGACGCAUAUCAUCUCAAGGGUGGUGUGGAGGGGCUCAAACGACGACCAGUCGGAACUACACUUGCAGUGCUGACAAUCAUUGCCGGCGCUUUUAUUUGUGUCGCUGGGACUUAUGUGUCGAUCAAGCUCAUCGUCGAAGCAUACGCUAAUGGCCAAGUUGGGAAACCUUUCAUUUGCUAGGGGAUUUCAUUGUGGCAUAAUUUGUAGUCCGUGUCGAGUCCUUCAAAUUUAACAUUAGAGCUUUUCCAGGGACAGUCGAAUUAUAGUUGUGGGCUUGAGAAUCUAGUCAGAAAUGUGACCAAGAUCUUUAAUAGUCCAUGUUACAUGCUCAAUGCGCCCCAAAUAAGCUGUUGCCGAACUUGGUCUGAC